UGAAGAACCAAAAACCUCUGAGUUUUCUGUAAUAUAUCCAAUGGAUCAGCAGAAGAAGACCACCCCUGUGUCUCUGCAGGCACCACUGACUGGUCCCAUGAGCAAUCCCACGGCUGCUGCUCAGACACUCCUCCAUAACCCUGGUGCUGCUCAAGCACUCUUUAAUAAUCCUGGUGCUGCUUCUCAGGCACUCCUUGGCAACCGCGGUGCUACUCAGCAGCCAUUCCUGAAUAACCCUGGUGUUGGCCAGCAACACAUGGGCAAUCACGGUGUUGGUCAGCAACACGUGGGCUAUCCUGGUGUUCGUCAGCAACACGUGGGCGUUCCUGGAGCUGGUCAUGUAUCUAUCAACAAACCGGGUACAGCUCUUGCACUCACGAUGAGUCCUAGUGAUUCUCGUGCACUUAUCCGGGGUGACCGUGGGAGCAUGCUAAGCAUGUCGGAUGACAAUGUGAUGAUGAAUCAAAUUUUGGCAACUCAUGCCCCUGAUGGUCGAGAAUUUGAUGUCAGACCUCUUCUGUAUCUGGUUGAGGACAUCCUCAAUCGUGCCACCCAGCAUGUUGAUUUCCUUGUUAAGGGUACUCUAUCUCAAGCUGAAUUGGAAGAGAGGGCCCAACAAGCAAAUCAUAUAGCUAUGCUUGAAGCUCUUACAUUUACUAUCGAUCGUAUAGCAUGCGAGCUAGCAUACAAGGCUUUGGGAGGUUCAGAUGUACACGCAACAACAACUGCAAUAUUCAACUUGCUGUCAAGCUAUGCAUGGGAUGCUAAGCUAGUCCUAUCCUUAUCUGCCUUUGCCUUGAACUAUGGAGAAUUCUGGCUUCUUGCUCAGAUUUACUCCACAAACCAACUCGCAAAGUCAAUGGCACUCUUGAAGCAACUGCCAACUCUGCUGGAGCACACAGCUCCUCUGAAACCAAGGUUUGAUGCUCUCAACAAUUUGAUUCGUACAAUGAUGGACGUGACUAGAAGUGUUGUUCAGUUCAAAGACCUGCCAUCAACGUACAUAUCUCCAGACGUACCAGCAUUGGUCACCGCCUUGACCCUUAUCCCAACUGCUGUAUACUGGACCAUCAGGAGCAUGGUGGCUUGUGCAACUCAAAUUUCCAGCCUCACUAGCAUGGGUCAUGAGUUUGGAAUAUCAACUACAGAGUCUUGGGAGCUGUCCACCUUGGCUCACAAACUCAGAAACAUACAUGAACAUCUAACUAAGCAUUUGAACUUUUGCUACCAAUAUAUAGACGAAAGGAGAGAUGUUGAGACUUAUCAGAUGCUCCUGAAUCUGUUCGACCCAAACGUGUUGCACAUUGACAACAUGAGAGUUCUCAAGGCCUUGAUUUAUGCCAAGGAUGAUAAGCUGCCUCUUCUUGAUGGCUCUACAAAGAGAGAAGUUAGCCUGGACGUGCUAAGAAGGAAAAGUGUGCUCUUGCUUAUUUCAAGCCUCGAAUUCGCCAAUGAUGAGCUUGCAAUUCUUGAGCAAAUCUAUAAUGACUCAAGGAUCCACGCAACGAGGCUUGAGAGUCAGUAUGAAGUCGUUUGGAUCCCAGUUGUGGACCGUUCCAUCAUCCCUUUGCCCGAAGAAACUAAAACAAAAUUUGAGAACCUACUAAGCAUCAUGCCAUGGUACUCGGUGAAGGACCCUUUGCUCAUAGAGAAGCCAGUCAUCAGGUUCAUCAAGGAGUUUUGGCAUUUCAGGACCAAGCCAAUCCUUGUGGUGCUUGACCCUCAAGGGAAGGUGGUUUCCCCUAAUGCAAUCCACAUGAUGUGGAUUUGGGGCAGCACUGCCUUCCCUUUCACUAGCAUGAGAGAAGAAGCACUUUGGAGGGAGGAGACAUGGAGGCUUGAUCUACUUGUUGAUGGAAUCGACCCAUUGAUCCUCAACUGGAUAAAAGAAGGUAAAUACAUUUUCUUUUAUGGAGGGGACAAUAUCGACUGGGUGAAAAGAUUUACAGCUCAAGCACGCAGUGUUGCCUCUGCAUCUCUCAUUCCUCUAGAGAUGGUCUAUGUGGGGAAAAGCAACAAAAGGGAGCAAGUGAAGAAGGUGACGGGAGUUAUCAAUGCGGAGAAGCUCAGCUAUGCUUGGCAAGAUCAAGCCAUGGUAUGGUUCUUCUGGACCAGGCUAGAGAGCAUGUUAUUUUCGAAGAUUCAGUUAGGAAGGGCUGAUGACCAAGACCCAAUGAUGCAACAAAUCAAGAAGCUGCUUAGCUAUGACAGGGAUGGUGGAUGGGCAGUGCUUAGUCAAGGAUCUAAUAUAGUGGUGAAUGGUCAUUCAUCCACAAUUUUGCCAACUUUGGGAGGUUAUGAUGAAUGGAAGGUGAAUGUGCCUGAAAAAGGUUUUGAUAUGUCAUUCAAGGAGUACCAUGACAAGCUUCAUGAUGUUGCUCACCCAUGCUGCCGGUUCGAGUUCCCCACUACCAUAAGAAUCCCCGAGAGCAUGAGGUGCCCGGAGUGCCUUCGCAUCAUGGAGAAAUACAACACUUUCCUCUGCUGCCAUGAUGAGAAAGGCAUUCCAGGCUCACUAUUCUAACCUGGGAUCAGGCCUCCACUGUUUUCCCUACUACUAUUGCCACUGAAUAAAGUUCCUACGGAACUCGAUAUAAAAGAAUUUCUUCUAAAAUUUCGCUUAGUAUCUUAAGGUUUUGUGUUUGAAAUGUAUUGCCAACGGUCACUAUGUGGUCCAAGUUGGGCAACCUAUAUAACAGUUAAAAAUAAAAGAACCCUGUUUGAUUUC